UCCUACUCUUAUCAGAAAAAAGGAAAAAGAAAAAGAAAAAGAAACUGCAUUUAACGAACCAACCGCAGAGCAAUAUCACCCAUUGUCGGACCCCACGUUCCAAUAAUUCGCAUUCUCUCUGCCUCGAAAGUUGAGAAAAAACCAACCUCUGAAUCUCUAUACCAUAAUCCAAUGGAAGACUACAACAGAGCAAGGCAAUAUGGGGAUGGGACGAUGCAGAUGCAGAGCUAUUAUGGGCCGCCGCCGCCGCGCAGGCCAGCCAUUUCCUAUGACCUGAGGUCUUACAGUGCCUCCUAUCCACACACCCAGAUGGGCAACAACAGGGACUUAAAGCUCAAGAAGGGGAAGAGCACUAUUGGGUCGUCUUCAAAUUCUUGGGGUUUUAGUGACCCUGAGUUCCAGAGGAAGAAGAGGGUUGCCAGCUAUAAGAUGUACUCUGUGGAGGGCAAAAUGAAGGGAUCCUUGAGGAGGAGCUUCAGGUGGCUUAAAGACAAGUACACCCAGGUGCUCUAUGGCUGGUGAUGAUUCUGUCGGUAUUGAUACUUUGUUCGUUGUUCUUAACUUCUUGUAUGUUGAAAGUUCUGUUUCACAUUCUCAAAUUUUGUUGUCAUCAACAGAAUUUCUAAAUUUGUGGGUUUGUGAUUAUAAAUUCAUAAUUUCGCGUUGGACAAUAGAAUAAAUAGUAAAUACGAUGAUAGGCUCCUGGAGGCUGGAGAUCGAGCUUCUCUCAGGGUUCAAAUUUAUUUGUAUAAUUGUUAAUGCUGGAGUGAUCAAAAGCUAUUUAUGUCUUUCGAGAUUGCCUGA